CAAUGUGAUUCGUUCAGCUUUUAAGUGUUCCAUCGCAGACGUCGUAAAUUUUGCGAACGCAAAGUGUCUUUGAUGUGUCAAAUAAUAUUCAUUGAAUAUUCAAAUUGUCGCGGGUUAGAAAGGAUAUUUAAUAACCGUUUAAUAACUUUCUCUGUUUAAAGUGUGUGCGCGACGCGAACUGAGAACGAAACACUUAUCAUUUAUUAAGAUAACACUUAAUGAGACAAUCUGUUCCGGGAGUGCAUGAAAACAAGGACUCUCUGACAAGAACUGUCAAGAAAAUAGAGCAUUGCAGAGACGGCUGCUCUUCAUAUCAAUUUUUAAAUAAACAUGUCUUUUACGGAAACGAACAGAGGUUGCAAUUUCGAUGCUGCUUGGUUGGAGAAAGUGCCAUGUAUCAAUUCCAAUCCAAUUGUUCAGCUUGUCAAUUCCUUUAUUGAAAAACGUUUGCCUCUUCUGAAAGGCAAACAGAGAGCAGCGUGGCUUUUACGAGCCAUUACAUGCAUUGAUUUAACCACUCUUGCGGGUGAUGAUACAUCAUCCAACGUUACUCGUUUAUGCCAGAAAGCUGCAGAACCCUUGCCAAUGGAUACAGUAGCUGCUCUUGGACUCGCAGAUUCAGACUUAGUCAUUAGGACAGCUGCAAUUUGUGUGUAUCCUUCACGUGUUACCGAUGCUGUGGAAGCCUUGAACAGGAUGAAUCUUUAUCCCAAAAUUGGAGUUGCAUCUGUGGCUGCUGGAUUUCCUAGUGGACAGUACUCCCUGAAAACUCGUCUAGAAGAGAUUCGUGGAGCUGUUGCAAAUGGAGCAACAGAAAUUGAUAUCGUAAUUGAUCGCAGUUUAGUUCUAACGAAGCAGUGGAAGUUCUUAUAUGAUGAAUUAAAGCAAAUGAAGGAAGCAUGUGGGCCACAUGCGCAUAUGAAAAGCAUUUUAGCCACUGGUGAACUUGGUUCUUUGACUAAUGUUUAUAAAGCAUCCCUUGUUGCAAUGAUGGCUGGUUCAGAUUUUAUUAAAACUUCAACAGGUAAAGAAACUGUAAAUGCUACUUUAGUGGUUAGCUAUGUUAUGUGUCGUGCAAUUGGAGAUUAUUACAGACAAGUAGGUUAUAAAGUGGGUUUCAAACCUGCUGGAGGCAUACGAACAGCAAAUGAUGCUUUGCAAUACCUUAUUUUGAUUAAAGAGCAACUUGGUAAAGAAUGGUUAAAUGCUGAUUUAUUCCGGAUUGGAGCAUCUGGCUUGCUAUUGGAUAUCCAGAAAGAACUACAUCAUUUUGCAACUGGUUAUUAUCCUAAAGUAAAUGAUUACUUGUUUGAAUAAAUGGAUAAGUGUUGCAAUUCUUUUUGGCGGCGGAGGACGACUGGAGGACGCGGCCGGAGCUGG